UGGCCUCCUCUGUGAUGGAGGUGGAAGCUGAGGCAGAGCGGCCGGACCCCUGCCUGGGCCUGGAUGAUGAGGAUCUAUCCCCCCUGAGCCUCCCGCCCACCCUCUCCAUCACCGAGGAGAUCAUGCAGUUCAUUAACCAGAGCCGCGUGCGAGAGGGAAUGGCCGAACUCAAGCAUGACAUAGUAUGGGAUUCACCCCUGGAUGAGUCCCUGGAGGACCAAACAACUGAGCCACCUCCAUGUCCAGUUGCUCAGCAAGGAAAUUACCAGCCGCUUGCUUCCCCUACAGAGGAGACUUACGAGUCGCAAGACCCCCAUCCUAAUAGUCCAGAGGAGAUAACAGUGCAACUGGAGGAGAGCAGAACCAAAAUGGAAGACCAAACUCUUCCACCCCGUCUGUCCAGUGAGUCCUCAGAGGAGGGAGGUUGUGAAGGUGGAGAGUCAACACCUUUGCCAUCUGAUGUCAAAGAGGAGAUGCCUCAGGAGGAGAGCACAUCAGCCAAAGAAACCGAGAAAGUUGAGGAAAGAACUGCAUCAGAGGUGGAGGACGAGCAAACGAUCAAAACCACGACACCUCUCUCUCCUGUAAGCCUCCCUGACAAAAGCGAGAGGGAGAAAGAUCUCUGCUUUGACCUCCCCAACGAGGACAAACCCUCAGAAGCUCCUAUCUCUCCUCUCUCCGUCCCAGAGGACACUGUACAGAGCCCUCAGGCGCCCAGGAAAGAGACCCAGCUCACCAAGUCCGACAGGCAGAUCAUCGAGAAGAUCCGCAGCUACUACGAGGCGGCUGAGGCCGAGGCAGGAGAAGCAGGAGAAGGUGACAGCAGCCCCACCCCCAGGAGAAACAGCUUCUCCCUCAUCAUCCCCACCGGCCUGGUCAAAAACUCUGUGUCCCGCUUUGCUGUCUUUGGCCACCAGGACAGCCUGUGUGACUCGGAGAGCGGGCGCUCCGAUGGGGCGGCAGAACCAGAGCCUGAGUUAGAGCUGCCUGACCAGGGAGAGGGAGCCCUCAGCCCAGACUGUUCCUCCACUUCUGCUGCUGGUUCCCAGGAAGAUCAUAGCCAGGCACCAGGUCAGGGUGAGCCUGCUGUGGAGGAAUGUAGCAGGUUUGAGCCGGGGAGCGAGCUCCUCCCUUACAAAGAGUUGAUGAAGGAGUGGAAAGAGAAGGAGAGAGUAGGAGCCGCUGUUAGUACAGAGAAGGAAAUCACACUUAACCUGUUAACAGACAUAAACAAAGAGCCCUCAUGCAGUGAUGAAGCAGCCAAAGUGAUCACAGAAGACCAGCAAGUAAUCAACGGCCACGGACCAAGUCCAAGUGAUCUGGACGCAGAACCUAAAGAGGCCCAGAAAGACUCCACUGUCCCUCCACUUACAGGCCUCCACGACAGUAAGACCGCCCCAGUGUCCCAGGCUGGGUUGGGCAGAAUCAGAGACAGGAGGUCCCUCACUGGGAACGUAGAGGGCCUACCCAGCCAGAUCAAGGUGGGCCGCUGGUCCCGCCACUGUAAGAUGGUGUCCUCCAGCCAGACCCUGUACGAGGGGGCAACGGUCGCAGACGUGGCAGGCAUAGGCCUGUUCGAGGCCAGCCCCGGUGAUCCAUGUCUGGUGGAGAACUCGGAGAGGAUCCUCAGUAAGGUUCAAAUGCUGGCUCGUAUGUAUAGCGCCAAGGCCAGCAUCAUGAAGCUGCCACUUCACCACAAGAGGGUGUGUGUGGGUCGUGCACCGUGUACCGGCACCACCAGGCACAGUGUUCCUCAGGCCCAGCCGCCACAGCAGCAUCAUGGCGAGAAGAUUACAGUAAAGAGAGCUCAGAGCCAUUCCACUGGUUGCCAGGAGAUGACUUCAGUUUCCUCAGAACCCCAGCUCUUUGGCCACGUCCUUGUCAGCGAACAGCUGUCCCCCACCUACCGCCAGCAGGAGAAUAGCUACGUCCUGGCCGGACCCAGGGACAGUGUUUCCAACCUGGGAUCCACGUCCAUUACCUCUCCACCCUCCUCCCCUCUGACCACCCCACCAAAAACCCCUCAGGUUGGGCCUGAGGAGGUAGUGACAACUGCUGUGGAGGGGAAGCUUAUGGAGAAUCAGUCUGAGGAAGUAAUCUCAGAAGCUGAGAUGCAGAGGCCUCACUCCAAGAAGGGCUUCCCAGUCCAGGAAGGCCCCAUCCAAGGGGUAAGGAUUGAGGUUCCAGCUGAUGGUCAUCCAGGGACCCCAGAGAUGUCUGUGAAUCUCAGCAGGACUCAGGCAGAGCAGAAAGGGCAUCAUCUGUACUCCAUCAGGGAAGAUCCUUCUCUGGGGACAGCAUCCUCUUUAGCAGGCCCAUGUGGGAUCAAGGACAGGUCUCCAGGGGUUGGAGCUGCAGAGGAACUGCUGAAGACCAUUCAACAGCAGGCUCCAACUGAACCAGAGACGAGCCAGGUGGUGAAGCCAGACGAAGACAAUUUAAACACCAAGAUAAUGUCGCCUUAUGUUGCCAGUGGGGCUGAGAGGGGGAGUUCACCCCAGAUGGCCCCUGGUCAUCAAAAUAAAGCUGAAUCCACCAACGAGAAACCACGAGAUGCCACUCUAGAUGAUCGGGAUGUUUCACCUGCAUCGCCAAAGAUUUCCCCUCACAGCUCCGACACAUCUCCCACACAACAGAGGUCCAUCUCUGGACUAACUGAGGGGUCAAACCCCUUAGUGUGGCAUCCCACUCAGUCACCUAUGACUGAACCCAUACAAGCAACACAUACAUCUGGUCAGAGAGUCAAGGAGAGUCAAGUCCCAGAGGAUUCCAAAGAAAAAGGGGGCAUGGUUCCCCAUCCGUGCUCAUCGCUCCAAAGCCCGACGCCUAUAACUCCGCCAGGGGUGCAGUCCUCUGACUGUCUGCCUAAGUUCACCAGCCAAAGACCACCCAACCUGCACCUGCCCACUAGCAUGGGUAGAAGGAGCCUUCCAAUCAAUUGGAAUGGAUCAAACAACGCCACACUCCCCAGCCAAAGACUACCACCUGCUCCACUGAAGUCCAGAGAGGCAGGCCAGGAUCCUUCAGCCCCAUCCAUCCAUGCCUCAGAGUUGUCCCCCAUCAGACAGCCUUCCUCCCAGUCUUCAUUGGAGAGAUCAGCCACCCUGCCUCCAGGUAUCGGCCAUCCCAUGGAUGCCAAGCCCCCCUCCGCCUUCAGCCCCAGUCUCCACCAUCGCUCUCCCUCCCCAAUCAGACUCCCCUGUUCCUCUCCCACCCCUUCUGCCUUGACCAAGUCCCUGGCUGCCUUCUGCAUCAGCCAGUCCAUCAGCCAGAGUCUGGCCAAGAAGAACGCUCGCCUCCAGGACCAGGCCACCCCUCCCCCAGACAGUCCAGCCCCUCUGGCUCCCGCUCCCACUGCAUCCCCACUCAGGAUGAGGUCUCCCUCCCCCAAACUCACCUCUGGCCCUAGCGGCCCCCUUCAGUGUCCCCCUUCCCCUCUCCGGUCUACUUCACUUCGCUCCAGCGCAUCCCCAUCCCCAGCCCUGUCCCCCCCACCAUACCGCAGGCAGCACUCAGUCUCCCCAGCCCCCCCAGUCAGCCUGCAUCAAACUGCCUCUUCCUCUGCCUCCCCCCGGCCCAGGCCUGUUGCCCUAGACCAGCCACGUCAUAUUGGUUUGAAUGGAAAUAGCAACAACAACAACAACACCACUAACGGAGGAUUGGCCGUGAAUCACCGGAAGCCACCGUUAGCGAGUGACAAUAGUAUACCCCAUCCCCAUGAUUCUCUUUGGAGUGGUUCUACUCACACUUCCAACAGAGUGGCAAGGCCCUUCUCUGCCUCGGAGCCCAGCUCACGAGUGCCGUCUCCCUCUCCCUCCCCAUCUCCAUUCAGCAGGAUCUGCUCCCCACCCCCUAUCCAGAAUCAUACAGGCCCUCUGAUGAACAAGCCCCCCAACCCUAGAAGCACCCGGGCAGGAGGGGCUAGCCCCUUCAACCACCUGGGCCUCUCCCUGGAGCUCCCAAGGGCCCCCUCAGCCUGCUCCUCAGGCAUCACCUCCCCUCGUAUUACCUCCCCUCCGCCCAUCGGGGUUCCUGCCAAUGUGUGGGGAGUCGCCGCUCCUCAGCCGCGGAAUGCAUUCCCUUCCUCCUCCACAGCCUCAGCCACAUGGAGAGAUGGCUUAUCUCCCUCCCCCUCCAUUCAGAGAAGCUACAGCACCACCUCCCCUCCCCCAUCUGGUUUCUCCUCAUGCUCUCCAACCCCUUCUCAGAACCUGCGGAGGACCAAGGGGAGCAGCCUGCCCUUCCUCAACCUGGCUGACCGACCACCCAACCCAGUCAGGAAUGGGAGAAGGUCAUGGGGAGAGAGCGGAAGGCGCAGGGCUGUGGGUGCGGAGCAGGAGUCUGGGCUGAUGAGCCCCCGAGGGGGAUCCUACUCCAACAGUGGCUCCUACAGCGGCUCCAACAGCGGUUCCCCAUCCUGCCUCAGCCCCGGCACCUUGUCCCCUGUCAGACUGGCCCCUGGGAAGAGCAACCACGGCGGGCAACACUUCACCAGCAUUGCCUGGCCCGACGUACGAGAACUCCUGACCAAGUAUGACAGUGGAGACAGCCCUGACCGGAGUGCUCCGACCUCCCCUGUCUGGCCUCAGGAUGAGUGGGGUGACCCGGACCUUGGGGAGGACAGUUGCCGGAGCCGCCUGAUCUGUGCCUAUGUGCCUCGGGCCUCCCCAGCCCCAGACAUGGGCGCACCCAUCCAGUGCCCUCACAGGAGUGAGCCAAAGCCAGAUGACACCUCCUCAAUGCAGGCAGCCAGAAGGACUCUAAAGACUAGCUAUGCUACCACUGUGAACCUGCAGAUUGCUGGCAGUGGACGAAUCACUUCCUUCAGCAACACCCAGGUGAGCUUGAGCCAGACCUUAGCCCCUGUGGUAGACAGCCAGGGCAGACGGAGAGUCAGCAUAAAUGCCUGCAACCUCACCCUUCCUGUUCCCCAGAACUGCAAGAGGCUGUGAGGGGCUGCGACUGGGGGACCUCCUCCAAGGUGCCUUAUGCCUCAGUGAAAGUCUAAAUAGGCACUUUACCCUGAAACAGUGGUGUUCAUCGGGAUCCUAUGAGAUAUAACUCCAGGUCAUAAGGUAAUGAAUUACAUUAGACUUAAUUGGACAGUAGACUGAAUCACCUGUUCUUCCAGAUGACAAUCUGACAAUGUCAGGGAUUCUGCAACCAACUCCACGUACCACCGUCCGGCCACCUACAUCACUGUCCAACAGGACACUGACUGAACCCACAGAUAAAUUAGUUUUCCGGUGUCGUUUUUAUUUGUCUUUUUGUUCUUGUUUGUUCUUUCAAAAUAAAUUCUGUUUAUUCUGUUAAACAAAAAACAAUGUAUUGUUUACCAAACUCCUGUGUUUGUGCUUGUGGCUGGCAUGGUGAAAACGAUCAGUUAUUUUCUUUUAUUUAUGAAGUAGUCUUAUUUUGUCUGCAUUUCUGGCACUUAACUUUGUCUUUAUUUUGCACAAUGUCCUCAGCUGUGUGUGUAGUUAAGACGUAUCUGUGAAGGUAGGUUUUAUUUCACACCAAAUCAUGAUGUUAUAUGUUAUGUGUUCGAACCUAUGUAGUUGUAUCAGUGAUCAGUGAUCUAUGAUUUAUUUGGUUACAUAAGAGCUGAAAAUAAGGGAAAAUAAGGGCAACAAAUUUCAGGGAAAACAAAAUGCAAGAAAAUGGAUGUUGUGAGUCAUUCACAUGCAUUUUUUUAUUGCUGUACAACACAGUGUCUUCAGGCUACUAUGUCCCAUUUUGAUAGUAUAGACCUAGCUACUUUUUUAAGUACCGUAUUUAAAUAUCAGUUUUGAAAUUGUGUGAGCUCCUGUGGUCAAAAGACUCAAAAAACAACUACUGUGUGUAUUACUUAUGUGUAUUUCAGUUAUUUGUACUCCAAUAAUAAUAAAAAUAUUAAAGACCCUU